AAGGAAUCUAAAUAUGCGUUGAAGUUCAAAAUGCAGAAUGUGGAGACUUCAGCACAAAGUGGCCAUGUGAUGAAAAAAGUCCAAAUCAGGGACAUGAUGAAUGAGAACGACAUACACAAGCGAAAGGGCUCGCACAGUGAUGGCAUCAUACACACUACGGACUCCUCAGUCAAGCAGAACAAAGAGAAGGAUAAAGCCGCUGUGUUACAGAAAGAUGUUGAUCUGGUGAGUGGGAUCAGCCUGAUCGUGGGGACCAUGAUCGGCUCUGGCAUCUUCAUCUCUCCCAAAGCCGUGCUGGAGGGGACGGGAGCAGUGGGGCCGUGUUUAUGUGUGUGGGCAGCAUGUGGUGUGCUGGCUGCUCUGGGAGCUCUUUGCUACGCUGAGCUUGGCACAUUGAUCACUAAAUCGGGGGGUGAGUACUCCUACCUACUGGAAGGCUUUGGGUCUGCGACAGCGUACCUUUACUCCUGGACGACCAUCUUCAUUCUCAAGCCAUCAUCCUUCGCCAUUGUUGCCCUCAGCUUUGCAGAAUAUGUCGCCACGCCUUUUUACCCAGGAUGCACCUCGCCCGUGAUUGUCACCAAAUGCCUGGCUGCUGCCUGUGUUUUUCUGACUACUAUUGUGAACUGCCUGAGUGUGAAGCUGGCCAAGUAUGUGCAGAUCUUCUUCACUGUAGCCAAACUGCUCAUCAUCGUCAUCAUAGUGAUUUCAGGCAUGGUUCUCCUAGCCCAAGGCAAUACACAGAAUUUCGCAAAUGCGUUUGAAGGAACAACUUCCUUCGGGGCAAUUGGACUUUCGUUUUACAAUGGCCUCUGGGCGUAUGAUGGGUGGAAUCAACUGAACUUCAUAACUGAAGAGCUGAAAGACCCAUAUCGAAACCUUCCCUUGGCCAUCAUUACUGGGAUUCCUCUGGUGUCGGUAUGCUAUGUGCUAGUCAAUGUUGCUUACUUCACUGUUAUGACACCAGCAGAAUUACUCCAGUCUUCUGCUGUUGCUGUGACCUUUGGUGACAGGGUGCUGUACCCACUGUCUUGGGUCGUGCCACUGUUUGUUGUGUUCUCUACUUUUGGAGCUGCCAAUGGAAGCUGUUUUACUUCUGGAAGGUUGAUCUACGUGGCAGGAAGGGAAGGCCAUAUGGUGAAGCUCCUCUCCUACAUCAGUCUGAAAUACUACACCCCUGCACCAGCUCUCAUCUUUAAUGGCAUCCUGUCUAUCUUCUACAUAAUUCCAGCAGAUAUUAAUACACUCAUUAACUACUUCAGCUUUGCUCAAUGGGUAUUCUAUGGUCUCACUGCCUUCUCGCUUAUCCUUAUGCGGUUUACAAAGAAACACCUGCACAGACCUGUGAAGGUGCCCAUAAUUAUUCCUGUUGUUGUGGUGGUAGUGGCCUGCUACCUGGUUUUGGCUCCAAUCAUUGACAAACCUGAACUGGAGUAUCUCUAUUGCACAAUCUUUAUCUUGGGUGGAAUGAUAUUUUAUUUCCUUUUUGUUUACCACAAGUUCAGCUGUACCCAGCGAAUAAUGAAACUCAUCUCCAUGUACCUUCAACUGCUAAUGGAAGUGGUCCCAGCAGAGGAGGUCGAGUGAAUAUCAACAGGCAGAGUGAGAAAGGAUCAUACAUUGAUCAGUGAUCAGCAUGGAACAGAUCAGCAGCCAUAUUGCUUCAGACUUCUUAAAAGGAAUAUGACUACAUGACUACACGUUUAGUCUUUCACAACUGCACCACAUGCCAUGCACUUUAUAUCUGCUGACCAGGUGCUGACCAUAUAAUAAAGCAAUUUACUUUUUUUUUUCCUUUUUUUUUUUAAGGUUGUGUGGGCUACAGGUAUUCAUUAGUACCUCCUGUUGCUUUGGUGACAGUGAUGCUGGGUGUUCAGGGGAGAAUCUUACAUAUGUAUGAAACCUGAUUUUUAAAAAUGGAUUGUAUAAAUUUAGAUUAUGGCUGGUUUUACUGCGAAUAAGAAAUUGUUAAAGUUGAUGUGCCACUCUAGUGUGGCAUUUGUGUAAAAACCCAGUUAGAAAACAAAAUUGUUGUGUUAUUGUUACUAAACUCAAAAAUAAGAUAAAAUAAUUAAAUAUAUUUACCCA